AUGAAGCAGAGGAGAUUUGUUCAGAGAAACUAAGCUACAUUUACUCAUUUUGUUAGUGUACCUUUAAUUUUACAACCCACUUAAGGGAAGCUUUAGAAAUUGAUGGAAGACAUUCAUAAAAAGUACAAUUAUGAUUAAUCAAUGAAUCAAAAUAACCCAUUUCUAUUUCACAUAACAAUAUCAAUGCUUGGAUUAUCUAAUUAAGAAAAAAUAAAUAAGGCUAAAUAAAUAUUCAUUGAGAAUGAGCAAACAAUAAAAAACUAUUUAAAAAACACUUGUAUUCGACUCAAAGGUUUAGGUUGUUUUCAAAAUCGAGUUAAUCAAUAAAAUAAAUAUUACAAACGAGGACCUUAUGAAGAUUUAAAUAUCAUUUAUUUAAAUGUAGAUGAAACUUAACUAUUGCCAGUUUCUGAUUUUAUCAUUAGAUAAUUCCUACAAGCAGAAAUCUUUGAUUCAGAUGAUUUAAAAUCAAUGAACUUAAUCAUGGAUCAGUAAUCAAAAAUGUUCAGAGCAGAGAAAUUUCAUAUAACAUUGUUUCGAUUGAAGGAUUGUAAAAUUAACUUUCAACAAUUAUUUGAUGAAUACAAAGAUUACGAAUUUGGUGAUGUUCCCAUUUAAUAUUUUGACAUCAGUACGAGAUGGUAGUAUGAUAAAGAUAAGUUCUAUUAGCCAUUAGCGAGAAUAUUAGUUGAUUGA